AUGGGCGCCUUACUCCGCUACCUCACCACCACUGAGGGCUGCGAUCUGGUCAUAAUCAGUCGCGGAGAGUUCUUCUUUGUCCACAAAGCCAUCAUCGCUGCGCACUGCCCGGUGUUGGAGGAGGACGCAUGCAAGUCAACGUUCCUUGAUGGUGAGGCCUACACUCUGGAUGCCAUCUCUCCAGAUGUCUUACGCAAAGUCCUCACUUUUAUGUACACUGGCGACAUUCCUGAGACCUUCCAAAGCUCCCUCGCUGCUUCAGCCAAACUUCCUCUCAACGAAAAGUUUCCCGCGACUGACGCGUUCCUCGUCACUCUCACUGUCAACGCAAAGCCGACUACUGUCAACCUCAACGACGGUUCGUCAAAGGCGGUUGACACCAUGACCAACUCCGAUAAAUGGGCAAUCUUGAUGGCAAAGCAGGCCUUGAUGAAGGAUCCCUAUGAUACGCUUCCAUGCAAGAAUUCGGACGAAGUCUUCCUUGAACUAAAUAUAUACCUCGUGGCGAAACAGCUCGAGAUCAAUCCCUUGAAGAAGAUCGCCAUGCAAAAAAUCGUUGCUUGGUUUGAGAACGAACUUGGUGCAGGAUUGCCACUGUCCGAGGACUUCCAUGCCUGGGCAGGUUGCAUUCUCAGAGCGUACGAAGACUUCACAAAACCGUUUUUCGGUCUCUGUGCGGCGCACCUUCCUGUUGUGGAGAAAGACAGUGCUCUGACAUCUUUGCUUGAGAAAUGCAACCCAAAUUUCUGGGAGAUGAUGAUGUGCGUCCGUACCCAGUGGAAAAAUGAACUCACGGAGCAGCGGCAUGAGUUGCAAAAGAGCAAGGAGCAGAUUGUGGAUCUGAAGACUAUCACUAAGCAGCAGAUGGCUGCAGCGGCCGAUCUCGAGAAGGCAUAUCAAACGAAAACGGAGUUUUUGGGGAAGUCGCUAUCGCUGGCCGAGGGCAGGAGAGAGGCUGCACAAACAAUGGUCCAACAGCUCGAAAACCUCACGCGAUCCUUACAAGAUGACCUGCUGAAAGAGAAGGCACAUACACUGCGAUUGAAGGAGAACAAUGCCCAGAAACAGAAGAAGCUUCAGACAAAUGACCCUUCCGUCCAAAAACUCCAGAAGGAAGUUGAGGAUUUGAAGAGGUUGGUCAUCAACAAAGAACAGGCGUUGGAACAAUCGAAAGCGGCCAACCAUAAAGUCAAGCAAGAGCUUCGGCAGGAGAGAGACCGGCUUCGCACUGAAUUUGCGAAAUUCAAGAAAUAA